AUGUCCAAAGUCAGGAAAGAUGUUGUGCGCUCCUUGGGGCCAGAGGAGCCGAGCACGGCGCGGGCUGUGGUCCGCAGCAUGGGGGCCUUCAUGCUGGGCUUGUCCUUGGCCACGGCCUACGGGCUGCUGGAGCUGCUGGUGGAAAGGCGCAGCCCCUGGGGCUGCCUGGUGAGCACUCUCACUCUGGCCGCCUUCCUCAGCCUGGGCAUGGGUUUCUCCCGCCAGAUCCGAGUCACUGUCUUCCUUCUGCUGCCCCAGGCCUUCUCCAAGCAGAGCCGGACACUGCUGUUGGUGGCUUCCUUUGGGCUGGUGCUGCAAGGGCCCUGUGCCAACACGCUGCACAACUUUACCCGUGCCAGCGAGGCUGUGGCCUGUGGGGCAGAGCUGGCCCUGAACCAGACUGCCGAAAUGCUGGAGCGGGCCCAGCAGCCCCUCGUCAGUGCUCUGAACAAGAUUAAAGCCAUUGCCCAGAAGGCCAAAGAGGUGGCGGACCGGAUUCGCAAGUUCUUUCGGUCAAUCAUGGAUAGCGUGAAGCAUGUAGCCAGGGCCCUGAGGAAUGUGUGGUCCUGGCUCCUGCACAUUGGUGAUGUGUGCAACUCGGAGCUGGGGAACCCUUACUUGAAGUGUGCGCGGAUCUUCGAUGACGCCAAGGACAACUGCAUGAAGGUCAUACCGCAAGCCUACCACCUGUGUUAUGUGCUCAUGCCCUUCAAGCUGGUGCUCUGUGGACUUGCUAGCGUGGUCCAGGUGUUCUGCAUCAUCCCCAAGUACAUCCAGCCCUUCCUGCGCGAGACCAUUGUCACCCCUGUGAUAAAAUUGAUAGACCGAGUGCGUGAAGAGUUUGAGUUCAACGUGACAGCCACCCACUACUUCUCUGUGGAUCUCAGUGCCUCUCGGAGCCUGUCCCAGGUAGCUCUGGACCUCCAGGAGGCUGUCAGGAUGAAACUGCACCGCAUUGGAGAGGCCCUGACGCUGAUGGGCUACGCCACACCCCUCCUGCUCGUGCUGCUCUAUCUCCAAGCCCUGUUUUACUGGUACUGUUACCUGAACCUGGACAGUUACGACAACAUCUACAUCACCGGCCGAUUCCUGCACAUGGAAGCUGUCCGCUCCAGGGUGGGAUUGCCCACGGUGCUACCGCUCAGAGCCCAUGAGACCAGAUACUAUAUCCAGCCUGGCUCCAUCUUCCUGUCUCACCGGGAGCAGAUCGUUUAUACCCUGGCGAUCUUCAGCCUUAUCAAGCACCUCCUCCUCGUGCUGCUCCUCAUCUUCCUGGACUAUGCAGUCUUUUGGGUGCUUGACCUGGCCCGCUACCAGCUGCAGGGGGAGGUCGUGGCCCGCAGCCCUGUGGUAGUAUCCAUAACCGUGGAAGGCACUGGCUACACUGGGAAGAUUUACCGUGACCUAGUGUCAGCAUUUGAUGUCCUACAGCAAGGCAACGUCAGUAUCUUGUCCCGGCGCUGUCUCCUGCAACCCUCGGAGCCGGACACCACUGGUUACACAGUUAUUGGCAUCCUGUAUGGCCUGUGCUUCUUUGUUACUCUGUUUGGCAAGUAUGUCAGCCGGCUGCGGCGGGUCAUCUGUGCCUCCUACUAUCCAUCCCGGGAGCAGGAGAGGAUCUCCUACCUCUACAAUGUCCUUCUGAGUCGCCGAACCAAUCUGUUGGCUACCCUGCACCGUGCGGUGAGGCGGCGGGCAGCUGACCAAGGCCAAAUGAGUGUCCUGCAGAUGCUGGCCAGGCGGUGCUCCUGCCUGGCUCCAUUUAUCAGCCACUUCGGGCAGCCCCAGACCUACUGCCUGGGCUGUGGGCAGCCCCAGGACAGUGAGGACGUGGAGAGCUCUGUGUCCUGCAGUACCCCAGGCUGCCGAGGUCUCUUCUGCCGCACCUGCUUCCGCCUCCUGGACAACACCUGCUCUGUGUGUGCAGCUCCUCUCUCCUACCAAGGCAAACUGGACCUGGAGAUGGACUCCAGUGACGAAGAGGACCCCCGGCUGUGGCUGGCCGCUGCUCGCAGAAAGGACCCAGAGCAGGAGGUGUUACUGCGGCAACAGCUCCAAGAAGCCCUGGGCAGAACCCUUUCAACAGAGUCCAGCUCUGAGUUCAGUGACCCGGAUGAAGAGAAGGGGCUUCUGCAGAGGACACACAGGUAGCAGCUCCACCUGCGCUCCAGUCUGUCAGCAUUUCCCCACUAACCACCUCGGAAAUCCCCAAAGCAGCCCUGCCCAGCUUCAGAAGCCUCAG